AAUCCAGAGAUGGUGACAAACAGCAGCACCAGGAUGUUGACUGCUGUGAAGAUCUUGUUGAUUGUCGUCGACUCUUUCACUCCAAAGGCCAGGAGACCUUCACAUUUAAAAAAAAAAAAAAAUGCAUAAAGCGAAUGGUUUUUGUAUGUAUUACUGUCACCUGUGUCUUUGUUUUACCUGACAGCAGCAUGAUGAGGGCUGCAGCAAAGACAUCUGGGUAAGGUGCCAGACCGGGGAGGCCCAUGCUUGCGUGUUCUUCAAAGUACUUCGAUAUGACACCCCCUAUGAGGUCAUCAAACGUCCCGCUCCAUGCCAGCGCAACACUGGAUGUCCCUGAGCAGAUAAAGCUGCGCGAGAGAGCGCUGCAGUCGUUGCGUCACCGAGGACACGUAACGGGACGGCUUGAGCCUGAGGAGACGGACAGACCGGGUUAGCGGGGACAGAGCAGAGACAGCAAGACCACUUUGGCCCAACACACAGACUUCCUGCACAGAGAAGGCCCAAAAUUAUUGAUUCCUGCACAGUGUUGACACAGAAGACCAAAUAUAGAAAUGGUGUUCAGAGGCACAAUAUCAGAUGCUCCAGACUUUGAUCCCAGCGCUGAUGCUGAAACCCUUUACAAUGCUAUGAAAGGCAUCGGUAGUGACAAGGAGGCCAUCUUGGACCUGGUCACCUCAAGAAGCAAUGCACAGAGGCAGGAAAUUAUUACAGCAUACAAGUGUAGCUUUGGAAAGGACCUGAUUGAUGAUCUGAAGUAUGAGCUGACGGGCAAAUUCGAGCGUCUCAUCGUCAGUCUGAUGAGAACUCCGGCGUACCUUGAUGCCAAAGAAAUCCACGAUGCAGUAGAGGGAGCUGGAACAAACGAGAGAUGCCUGAUUGAAGUCCUGGCAUCUAGGAACAACCAACAGAUACAUGAGAUGGUGGCAGCAUACAAGGAUGCUUACGGCAGGGACAUGGAGGAGGACAUAAUCAUGGACACUUCAGGUCACUUUAAGAAGAUGCUGGUUGUUUUACUUCAGGGGACCAGAGAUGAGUCAGGAGUGGUGGACGCAGACUUGGUGGAGCAGGAUGCACAAGACCUGUAUGCAGCAGGAGAAGAGCAGUGGGGGACAGACGAGGCCAAAUUCAUUAUGAUCCUGGGAAACCGCAGUGUGACCCACCUCCACAUGGUCUUUGAUGCGUACGAGAAGAUCGCGGAGGUGUCGAUCGAGGACAGCAUAAAGAGUGAGCUGUCUGGAGACUUUGAGAGGCUGAUGUUGGCCGUUGUCCAGUGCAUAAGGAGUGUUCCCAUGUUCUUUGCCAAGCGCCUUUACAAGUCAAUGAAGGGUCUCGGCACAGCUGACAACACCCUGAUAAGGAUCAUGAUUUCUCGCUCUGAAAUAGACAUGUUGGACAUUCGAGAGUGUUUCCGCCUCAGAUACGAGAAGUCACUUUAUAACAUGAUUAAGGAUGACACAUCAGGGGAUUACAAGAGGACUCUUCUUAAUCUGUGUGGAGGAGAUGAUGACUUAGCUGGAGAGUUCUUCCCUGAAGCUGCUCAGAUAGCCUACAAGAUGUGGGAAUUAAGUGCCAUGACCAAAGUCCAGCUAAAGCCAACAGUUCGGCCUGCACCUAAUUUUGACCCUUCUGCUGAUGCACAAGCACUGAGGAAAGCUAUGAAGGGAUUUGGAACAGAUGAAGAUGCAAUCAUUGACAUUGUUGCACGGAGAAGCAAUGCCCAGAGGCAAGAGAUCAGACAGGCAUUCAAAUCCCUACUGGGAAGGGAUCUGAUGAAGGAUCUGAAAUCUGAACUGUCAAAGAACUUGGAGAGGCUGAUCAUCGGGCUCAUGUUGACCCCUGCAGAGUUUGAUGCCAAAAUGAUGAGGAAGGCGAUGGAGGGGGCUGGCACUGAUGAACACGCUCUGAUCGAGAUCCUGGUCUCCAGGAGCAACGAGGAAAUACAUGCCAUGAACGCUGCCUAUCAGGAUGCUUAUAAGAAGUCUCUGGAGGAAGCCAUUCAGUCAGACACAUCAGGUCACUUCUGCCGCAUCCUUGUUUCACUCGUACAGGGUGCAAGAGAGGAGGGCCCUGCUGAUGUGGAAAGAGCAAAUGAAGAUGCUCAGGAACUUGCCAAUGCAUGCAACGCAGACUCUGAUGACAUGGAAAUGAAGUUCAUGAGUAUUCUGUGCACAAGGAGCUUUCCCCAUCUCAGGAAAGUAUUCCAGGAGUUUGUCAGAUUCUCCAAUAAGGACAUUGAACAAAUUAUCAAAAAAGAAAUGUCGGGAGAUGUGAAAAAUGCCUUUUACGCAAUCGUUCGCAGUGUAAAGAACCAGCCCUCUUAUUUUGCAGACCGUUUGUACAAAGCCAUGAAGGGCCUUGGAACAGACGACAGAGCUCUGAUUCGCAUCAUGGUGUCCCGUAGCGAGAUCGACCUUUUCAACGUUCGAAAAGAGUUCAAGGAAGCGCACGACGUUUCCCUGCACGAAUUCAUCCAGGUAGAAACUAUGAUUGGUGAUACCUCAGGAGACUACCGUAAAACCCUGCUGGUGCUCUGUGGAGGGGAAGAUUAAACUUUUCAUGUCCCCGUAGACAUGAAACGACAAACCACGAGACAAAGAGUGAUCACAGAGUGAAACUGUAAUGGUUAACGUCAGUAUCUAUUGUCAGUGCUCCUAACUGUUGCCACUCCUCAGCCAAACCAAGUGACCUGUGACCUCCUAGCCUUCCAAGCCAGUUUUCUUUUUCUUUGUUUUUGUUUCUUUUUUUUUACAUUGUAAAUGUAAAAAUGUCCACAUUAGCGCAGAAAGCAGCUUCACAUGUACAGAAUAUUUGGGACUAGUAAGUGCUCAAGCAGUGCCUUUAGAUUGUUGACUGUCCAAUGAUUACUGUGAUUUUAAGGUAUCAGAUAUACCUGAAUUAAAUAAAUUACAUUAAAAAGUGUUGUCCAUCCUUUUUCCUCUUACAUUUUAAUAUGAAAAAAACAACUAACAAAUCAAGCUCCUGUUAUCCCUUUCAACUACC